AUGACUGAAUAUCAACCGAGCUUCCACAAUCACCAAAUCCCUCAAAACGAGGAAAUUCUGAUAGUCGAUCCCCCUGAGCGUCAGAGAAGUGUCAACUCUCAAAACCGCAGUUAUCGCCGUCAAUCAGAGAGAGGACGCUCCAGUUCCAGAAAACCACAACACACAUACACACAUAAUUUACACAAUAGCAGCCCAGGCGCGUCUUCCGCACAUGAUCCGAUUUCGCUCUCAAGUGAUGAAUCUCCACCUGAAAGAAGACCAAGGAAGCGUGCAGCCACAGUUUUGCCUCCCGACCAUCGUUCAUCGAAAAGAGUCCAUCGGGCUGGUUCUGUAUUUCCUCCUGGACACGCGCCACAAGCCAAUACAUUUGAAUACCAAAAUACAGUUCAAAUGAGAGACAUCAAUAUGCAUUGUCUAAACAGUCCAAUCGGAUUUCAGAGUAGUAUGCAAAUGUCAGGAAAUCGUACACCACGACCACAGGGCAAUUUUCGACAGCAAAACCGGCCAAAUCAUGACUCUCUAAUUCGAGAAUUGCAAAGACAGAGGGGUGGCAUUUUCACGGAGGCCGCUGGCAUCCAAGACCGACUAGAUCACAUAAAUGCAGAGGAACGACGAUUACAACAGGAAAUGGGACAGCGCAAUGAUGGCUCACGUCGUAAUUCGGUUUCAAUUGGCAGCCACGGUUCUAUCAAUGGUACUGUACUCUCUUCUCCGUCUCGCCAUGGGGCUAAAGCAUCUUCUUUAGGCAUGCAUGGCUCUAACGCCCAAUCUCCUAUUGCAAAUGGAAGCCAUCAUUUGAAGCACAGUCCCGGUCCUUCAAUGAACUUGCCAGCUCAUCGCCCUAAUGGACAAGCUUGGUUUGGAAGCCCAACUCCUUCCCAGGCAGGUCAACAAAAUGGGUUCCAAAGACUGGAGAAUGCGUCAUCCCCUAGACCAAGGUUAGCACCAGCUAUCUGGGAGGGUGAGAGUAUUCCACAACCCCAUCCUGUUGAAUUUCUGAGAGAAAGGACCAGUCAAGCCACUCAAGGACCUAGGGGUUCAAAUACGCCUCAGCGCACUUCAAGAGCUCAAAGUGUUGCUUUUGAAGGGACAACAAUGGCAUUUAAGAGAGGUAGAAGUGUUGUUCCUGCUGCUCAUCAAAACAAUGCAGGAGGUGGUUCUCCAAUGAAAAGGGUCCGCAGAGUCAACAAACUUACCGGCGAUUGGGCCGAUUCCUCUGACGACGACGAGUCCCAUGCACCUCCUAAGAGAUUUCAAAGAGCCAGCACUGUGGCACCAAGCAGCCGUAGUCAUGGCUUCAGUCAAUUUGGUAACGGAGCUCAAGUGCAGGGAAUGAGUAACCAAACCCUUCCGCGGGGCCAAACUGCCGCUCGAGAGACUCAUAUACAAGGCGACAAUCAUAUGGUUAAUGGAAUGCACAGCCAGACCCCUCAAGGUAGACGUUUCCAAAGAGGUCAAUCUGAAGUCCCCGAGACCCCUCGAAGCAACACACAAAUCAAACAACCUCAUUCCAAUAGUACUAACUUCGCAACCCCGCUUCAAUAUCCGCAACCCCCAAGUCGUCAAUUUGACUUCUUCAAGCCCCUAGUUAUUAGAUCUCCAAAACCACCUUCGGGUCCAGCCAGCAUGGUAGACGAUCCACUUCCCCCUCCCCCUCCAACCCCAGGAAGUGAUCACGGGUCUAUGCGAGAAUUAAUGCACAAAGCAAAAUUUCAAUCUCGUAAUGGCAUGAUACCAGCUAAACAAUAUGUCAACGAUGUCCCGAAACAAGGAAUGAAGUUCAAAGCUCGCAAAAAGGCUCCUCCUCCAAUUACUCCAAACACACAAAUCCAAGUCAUCGAUCUCAUUUCUCCCGACGGAAGUGAAAUACGUCUUCAGCCCUUUCCUGUGCCUCCAAUCGUUGAGAGACCAAUGAAAGAACGCGUCACGCCUGCCUCCAAGCCUGGCGCGAGAAAACGUGGAAAGUCAGUUGCUCCUGGUGAUGAUCCGAGAACUGAUGAACAGAAACGACAAGAACGAGCGGCGAAAAUCAUUGCAGAGCAGGAACGCCAAGGCGCUGAAAGAGAGAUAUUCGGAGAUGACAUCCAAAGUAUUGAUGAGGCGAAGAAAAAAGUCCAAGAAGAACGUGAGCGCCUUGAAGAGAAAAAACGGCAACGUGAAAGAGAAGAAGCUGAAAAACGGGAAAGUGGGGAAGUAGCUGCACGUAAAAUUUUACUUGUUCAGCAGGAAAAAGCUGAGCAAGAAGAACUUCGGAAGCAACUUGCAGAAUCUCGUAACAAAAUCCGCAGAGAGAGAAUUCGACAGAAAGCUGAGCAUGAAGAGGCCGAGGCGAGAGAGGAACGUCGUGAAGCUGCUGCUGCAAAGAUUGAAGCUGACAGAAAGACGGCCGAGGCAGCAAAACUUGAGAGGGAGAAGAAGAAGCGUAUGGAAACUGACGUUCAAGUUCAACCCAGAGCCCUUCAGCAAACAAAGGCUAAGCAAGAGACUUUGAAAAAGCAAGUAGCUAAUAUCAAAGCUUCCAAGGUCAGCUCCGAUGAUACGGACAGUAGUCUUGUUUGUCUUGGGGAAAAGACGAUUCCAGAAGCCGAUAAGACUACUCAGAAUGCAGGUACUCAAGAGGCAGGUAAGAGCGCAGAUACUAGUAAGGGCAAGGAAAUAGUCAAUGACAAUGCCAACGCCAACGCCAACGCCAGCUCCAGAAAGGAAGUUUUCGAUGUCGAAUCCGGUUUAUUUGUUCCUGCAAAUGUUCCCCCCAGUCAGGAGUAAGUGCCUUCCAGUACCUCGCCUUUUUUGCUGACUUAUUCACAGCGGUACUGAAGUAAAUACUACUGCAUUAGCGAAAGACAAGCAGCCUCUUGUCUUUGAAAGAAACGUCGGGAAAAAUCUAUACGAUUCUGACCAGCGUAGAUUUCGAGGCAAGUCCUUAGGCCCCACCACGGCUGCAGAAUAUUGCGCAAUCGCGCAAGGCCAACAAUCUAAGCGACUCCAGAGUUACAGAGAGGUGCGCGAGAGAGAAAUUGAGGCUCGCCGGUGUCAAGAGAAACUUCAGUCACGAAUUGCAAGACGAGAACGUGAGAAAAGUGCCCCUCCUCCUCCUACAGUACCAAAAAGACCCGAGCCCAAGGCUGCAAGGCCAAUUGCUUCGCAAAAUGAGCCCAGGAAACCUGCCAAACCGAGAGCUACCAAGGCUUCUGGAAAGUCGGCUGAGCAGGAACUAUCUUCCGCCAUCUUUCCAAAGUUCAUGCCCAGCGCACCAGCACCUCCCAUUGCUAAUAAGGGUCUUGCUACGAUUGCAAAAGAACCUGCCGCACCUAUUGUCUCCAAGCCAGCCCAAGGAGUUGUUGUCAUAAGUGAUGAAGAGCGAGCCAGAAUUGAUGCUCAGCACAAAAAGAAGGCCCAACUCGAACAAGAGAAACAAGCGGCAGCAAAGGCGGAGCAGAAAAAACUGCAGACCCUGGAACAUAACAAGAAGAACAGAGAAAGAGCAACUCGUCAAGCGAGAGAAAAGGAAAGACUCAGGCUCAUUGCAGAGGCCGAAGAGUCUGGCGUUGAACUCUCUCCGAUGGAGUUGAUUUCUAAGGUUGAGGAUUACAUGGAGAAGCGAGAGGUAAGUGGCAUCCUUAGAUUGUGAGGAGAAAUUGCUAACAAGAUGCAAAGAGAAAAAUGGCGAAAACUGCUGCAACUCGUGCUAUGCACGAGCAAAUCAAAAACCUUGGUGCAGAUGAUCUAGCUAUUGCACAACAAGCUUCUCAAGCUGCUGCCGCAUCUCAGGCCAACAAGAAUAUUGAUCGCGAAGAUGAUCCUAAUGACGAUAGUCCUGCAGCUCUCGAACUAAGAGCAAAAAGAAAGGCUAUGCAAGAAACACUCAAUACGAUAGGACAAAACAGACGAUCGCAGCAAUCACAACCAAUCCGCAUGACCUGCGCUGACGAGUCCGAUACCGGUGCCUCCAUAGAAUCUGAGGAAGACCCAGACCCAGAUCUAGACCCUGCAUCAUCUAGCAAUUCUUCCGACGAUGAAGGAGCCAGUCAAAGCAGUCAUACGAUGAGCGGAAAAUCAAAUUCCAACCUCGAAAACUCCCAAAUUGGCACCCAGAUUGAACAACACUCUCGCUCAAUCCCAGGUCCAGGGAAAAACAAACGUCGAGCUCCCCCUCGGCCUAUACCUACUGUAGACCCUGAAAACUCACGCAAUAUGUAUUCAGUCGAAGAAAAAUACACCAAAGGCGGCAUCACCUAUCGACACCAAACUAGAAACUUAUACUUCAAUCUCGACGACGCCGAAACAGCAGCCAAGGAUCUAGCGAAUCGAUACCGCGAAAUAAGGCCUUACAACUACCAAGAGUUCCUUAUGGAUGAGGAUGGUGGUAUUCGAUUGUUUCAUGCGAAAAUCCAAUUUGACGAGGCGGGCGAGAAUCUGACGGAAGUCUGGGUUGGGAAGGACCUUAAAUCGAAUGAUAUGGAGCCCAUCGAUUUUGGAAUGGCCGAAAUUAAUAAACUGCGCUUCACCCCAAAGUGUUACAUCGUUUAUCGUACCAUAACACGAAAAAGCACCGAUCCUGUCACUGGUAUCAUCACGGAAGCGCAGGCAACCGAGUUCCUGAAGAACUGGACGGAUAUCGAUCUCGCCAACAACGACGCCGUCAAGGAGUUUAUUGAGUACAUCAGGCCGCCUAUAGAUCUUGGAGAUCUCCAGCCCGGUGAUACAGAUCGAUUGGAGAGGUUUGAUAAUGAGAUAUGUCCCCAGGUGAGGAGACUAAGAGAUCAGCUUGAGUAUGGGGAUUGUUAUGUUGUGGAGCUAGAGAGGGAUGAGUUAGUAGAUGAGGGGGUGAGUUGGUUGGACAAAGAUAUUGUUUGUGUGGUAUUUGGGGUUAUAAAGUAUUCCAUGAAGGGACCUCUUAACUGA